AUGAAUAGUAUUCGAAUAGACUUCUAUCUGCAAAUUAAACCACAGUAUGCUGAUGAAUAUGACACAGACAAACUGAAAAUUCUUUUUUAUUUGAAUCCGAAAUGCGUCGUAAGGUGCCAACUUGCAAUAUCAAUAACACAAUUAGCUAAGAAACUGCUGACGAAGCAUAGCACAGUUCCUGUCCAAGAAGUUUUGUAA